AAUUAUAACAUUAUUGUCUUAUCAAAGAUAUCAGAGGUUCAGGUACUCAACUUUGGUUGAAAAUGGCGAAGGGGGGAUCAUCAGCUUCAGCAGCAGCGUUGAUUCUGAAUAUCAUCAACUCUGUCUUCACCGCUUGUGGCAUAGCCAUAUCCUUGUAUGCACUCUACUGUUCGGUAGGUUUGAAAUCCGAAGUUCCACAGCAACCAUUACAUCUCCACAAUUCCUUAAAUCAGCUGUUGCUUGCGCCUGAUGCCUCCAUCCAAUUAUCCCGUAAGCCUCCUACAGCCUGGUUUAUUUAUUUUCUACUCACUGUUGCUGCGACCCUGUUCGUGAUAUCCUUUUUCGGAUAUAUUGGAUCUGUAAUGAGGAACCCCCGCUGUCUGGGCUUUUACUCAGUGUUGUUGGUGACACUCUUUUUGGCACAAUUAGGAGCAGUUGCUUCCAUGUUCUUACAACCCAUAUGGGACAAGGAUUUGUCCAAAGACAGGAGUAGCAAUCUGCAAUCUGCUUCUUAUUUCCUUAAGGUCAACUGGAAAAUAAUUAGAUGGCUCAUUCUAGCUGUACCUAUUUUGGAGGUGAUUGCUUUCGUGCUAGCCUUGUACCUGCGAUCUGUGAACAAAGAUCCGCAGGGAAUUGUUGAAUACCAGAAGAUUGUUUUCCAUAAUGAUCAUAUAGCUGUGCCUGUGAAGAGAAACAUGUCAUCUACUACCGAACCUUCAACUGGUGGGAAAAAACAAGAGCAACUUAAACAAUGGUUGAGCCCUUUACUGGGGGCAAAGAACAACAGAAACACCAGACAUAACUAGGCAUAUAUGCGGGUAGCAGCUAAUCUUGUGACAUUAACAAGGGCACUGCAACAAGAACAGGAACAUGGUAGAUUGAUAAUAAUGAUGAUCGCUAAGCAUAGAUAAUACAAUUGUUGUUUCUUUGUUAUAACCCUUUUGAAAUCUGAAUCAUUGAGCCUUUGAUUGUAUUGUUAAAGUGAAUCUCUCCUUUGUCAGACAAUAUGGUUACUUGAAAACAACCGAAUUUCUCAAGAAAGGUUGUGAUUUUCA